ACUGGUAUAUAGUGAUCUGUGAUCCUGUCCCUGAAGUUGUUUUGUUUGACUAGUUUGAUCAUAGAGUAGGAUGUAUUAUGUAUAUAGGGUUUAAUGAUGGUUUGAUCUAAGGUUCAGCCUGUGGUUUCUUCAGUAAAAUAAAAUCGCAUUGGUGCUUUUAUACUGCGAAUAAUUAAUAAUACUAUCUCACUUAUUAAAACACAUUGUGAGUGCACCAUGUCUAAGAAUAUUUACCAUCUAACUUGUGCAUUUAUGCGCCACACACCAUGCUUUUCUUCUAUUAGGUUAUAUGGCAGAUGGAUGCACAGAAAUCCAGCUAAGGUCAUGUUACCAUUUGAAUCGGAGUCCAAAACUAUCAUUAAAAAAGAAAAGAUCAUAGACUUGAGCUUGAGUCCUGAUAUAUUAAAAAAGUCAAAGAAUGUGCCUAUUACUCCAGAAGAAAAUGAUGAUUCUAAAACGAGUAAUAUUAAUGCAGAGAAAUCACAAAAAAUUAAAGAGAACAGAGAAACCAUGUUAAAAAAAAGAAAAUUUUACCUGAGCCAAAAAAAAGUCUUCGAUGAUACAGGUGAAAUUAUUUAUGAAAAGCUAAAAGAAAAGGAUGGGAGGAUAAGCUCUCUUCUUGUGAAACUGAAGUCGAAGAAAGAAAGGAUACGUACUGGACAGAUAUUAGUGGAAGGAUGGCGGUUAAUAGUUGAUGGAUUGCAGGCAAAAUGCAUCUUAAAAUAUGUGAUAUUUAGCCGAAUGGAGGAUUUAGACCACCUCAGACCACUCCUCCCAAAGACAGGGGUCCAAUUUUUUAAGAUUCCGUAUAAAGAGAUAGCAAUGUGGUCAGAUGUAGAAACAUCGACUGGGAUUUUUGGUGUAUUUGAAAUGCCCACUCCUGACAACAUCAAGACCUUUUCAAGGCCAUUACCGUUGCAGUUUAUUUGUGAUAAUGUACGUACACCUGGGAACCUCGGUGCAAUACUUAGAGCAGCUGUGGGAGUUGGCUGUGAGAAAGUUCUUCUUACAAAAGGCUGCGUCGACCUUUGGGAUCCAAAAGUAAUAAGAAGUGCUGCAGGUGCACACUUUAGACAGUCCAUAUACCCCUCGAUAGACUGGGAGGAAAUGCCCAAACUAUUGGAAACAAACACCUCACUAUUUAUAGCUGACAGUGAUACAAGAACUACCGGUGAAGGAACAACAGAAGAGGAGAUGUUACACAACCUUGUACCAAUUGUGCCAUAUUACAGUGUUGAUUUUGGGAAUAUCAAGCAUGUUACACUUGUGAUAGGUGGCGAGACAGAAGGAAUUAGUGAAGACAGUUACAGAUUUGCAGCAAGCAGAAAUGGCCUACGAUUGCAUAUUCCUCUACAAAGAGGAGUUGAAAGUCUGAACACGGGAAUGGCAGCGGCUGUCAUAGCUUUUGAAAUAAGGAAACAAUUUAUCCAAGCAUGGACGAAGGCGAAACUAGAAGCACAAGAAGUAAAAGUUAAAUAAGUAAUUAUUUAUUGUUAAUAUUGUAUAGUAGAAAAUAGAGUAGUGUAUUGUAAUAAUAAUAAUUAUUGCAUCAAAAAAAUAAACAAUUGACUCGAAUUUA